GGCAAGAGGUUAGAAUUAAUCGAAAGCAACUUAAAAUCUUGAUUGGUUUGACAGAUCCAUUGUUGCACAUUUUGGUAGUCGACUGCAAUGAAAAUUUUAACGUUCGAUUGUCCUAUAUUCCCGUCGGAAUUUCUUGUUCGGACUUGUGUAGCAUAACAUUCCUAAACCAAAUGGGAGUUUCCAGGAAGUAGCCAUAUUGAAGGAAAACCCUUUUCACUGUGUCAGCUACGGAGAGAGUGAUACUAGGGCAGUGGCAGCUCCCUUUCGCGUAGCUCUACAUUAAUAUACCAAACAUUCCUCACUAUGGCUGCUACGGACGUCGACAUAUUUUCUAAUGAAGAAAAGCGUAACCUCAGUUUGGGCGGCCAUGUUGGAUUCGACAGCCUCCCGGACCAGCUGGUCAGUAAAUCGGUGACACAGGGUUUCUGCUUCAACAUCCUCUGCGUAGGGGAAACGGGUAUUGGCAAGUCAACGUUAAUGAACACGCUCUUCAACACCAUGUUUGAGAACGAGGAGGCCAGCCAUUACCAGAAUAGCGUUUACCUGAGGCCGAGGACAUACGAUCUGCUGGAGAGUAACGUCCACCUGAAGCUGACCAUCGUGGACUCGGUGGGCUUUGGAGACCAGAUCAACAAGGAGGAGAGUUAUAAGCCCAUCGUGGACUACAUCGACACACAGUUUGAGAACUACCUUCAGGAGGAGCUGAAGAUUAAGCGCUCCCUCUUCAACUACCACGACACUCGCAUCCACAUCUGCCUGUACUUCAUUGCUCCCACAGGACACUCGCUCAAGUCCCUGGAUCUGGUUACCAUGAAGAAGCUGGACAGCAAGGUAAACAUAAUCCCCAUCAUAGCCAAAGCCGACACCAUCUCCAAGAGCGAGCUCCACAAGUUCAAGAUCAAGAUCAUGAGUGAGCUGGUCAGCAACGGCGUCCAGAUCUACCAGUUCCCCACGGACGACGAGGCGGUCACGGAGAUCAACUCCUCCAUGAACGCUCACCUUCCCUUUGCCGUGGUGGGCAGCGUUGAAGAGGUCAAAGUGGGGAACAAAACAGUUCGAGCGAGGCAGUACCCCUGGGGGGUUGUACAAGUGGAGAACGAGAGCCACUGUGACUUUGUGAAGCUGCGGGAGAUGCUGAUCAGGGUGAACAUGGAGGACCUGAGGGAGCAGACCCACGCGCGCCACUACGAGCUCUACAGGCGCUGCAAGCUGGAGGAGAUGGGCUUCAAAGACACCGACCCCGACUGUCAGCCUUUCAGUCUUCAGGAGACGUACGAGGCCAAGAGGAAAGAGUUCCUGGGUGACCUGCAACACAAGGAGGAGGAGAUGAGACAGAUGUUCGUCACCAAAGUAAAGGAGACGGAAGCUGAGCUUAAGGAGAAGGAGAGAGAGUUGCACGACAAGUUUGAGCAGCUGAAGCGCAUGCACCAGGAGGAGAAGAGGAAGGUGGAGGAGAAGCGGCGCGACCUUGAGGAGGAGAUGAACGCCUUCAACCGCAGGAAGGUGGCGGCCGAGACCCUCUCCUUAUCCCAGCCCCUCAAGAAGGACAAGGACAAGAAAAAUUAAUUUAUGGGCACCAGUUACCCUCCCCCCCCAAGCCGACCAUGGAUUUGCCUUCCAUCACCAUAGCGACGCCAACGUUUUAUUAUUAUUUUUUACAUUCCUUCAUGGCAUUGUGCACAUGGACCAAAGACUGCAGACGCUACAGGGAGAGGGAGAGAGCGGACAUGCUGACUGGCCAUUUCCUGCACUAGGAUCACUCAUGCUAUGAUUUGUUAAACGUUGUUUAUACAUUUUUUUGUGCUGUUUUUUUUUUCUUCUUCUUUUAGUUUGACUUUUACGGAUCACAUCACUGUAUUAUGACGGCAGCAAAAGCAAAAGAUCUAAUCACAGACUCCCGUCAAUCACUGCUAUUUGGUACUAUGGUUGUGUUAACCUGUUCAUGGCUAGUUAUACUUCUGUCUGACCGUGUAAUAUUAAUGCAUCCACAUGUUAUGUAAUUAGAUUUAACACAAGCCAUUCCUUUUUAGUUCAGUCUAAAAUCUGAGCCAGACCAGACCAGGCCUUCAAUCAUGGUUCACUGCAAUAAUAGAUGUCAUGUAAAGUACCUGUAUAUAUAUUUUUGCGUAGUAGGUACCAUUGAGUCAUUCUAGACAUAAGUCUUAAGAAAAUAUGCAAUAUUCUGGUGCUGUUUUGUAUUAAUCCAGAACCUGUAUGUGAAUAUUUCUCGGACAAUACCUUGCUUAAUUGAAAAUGCUAAUAUGCAAAGUGUAUUCGUUUUUUUUAACUAUAUGAUCAAGCACAUAAUGUUGUAAUGUAGUUUUAAUUACGCUGUGCCAGUAACUAUACUACUAUAGUAAGCCAUGAUUGACGUACGCGUGUGGUGUAUCACAGUUUACAUAGGCAUGUAAGUUGCAGCAGGCAGAUGCCUGGACUCAGCAGGAGAGCUGUUUAGUCUGAGAGACCAGAUGAGAGCUGAUGUUUUAACUUUCAUUGGAAAUAAAUGCAAACCCUCGCCCUGAAA